GCUCGUUCACACCGGAGGCGGAGCGGCAAAGCGGCCAAGCGGGCUUUUCAAAGCGGCGAGGCGGCGACCGCGCGUACUUGUUCAGACCGCACGGCUCUCUUGGCUGCCCGCGCGGCCGAAGAGGCGGGUCAUCUCGCGGUUUUGCGCGCGCGUGUCGCCAUCUCGUGGCACCCUCUGUCUCUACCCUCGCCACCCGAGCGCCAGUGUACUCGAGCCGGCUGCUGAGAUCUCGCGCCAUAUCUGACUGCUGCUUCGCGUGCUGACGCCUGUGAUACCUGUGAUGAGUUCAGACGAAGAGGAUAUGCUCGGCCUUUUAACGGUCGCGUCCCUGCUGGCGCACCAUGAACGGCUGGAAGCGCAAGAAAAUACACGCCGCCAACGUCGCUGGUGGGUCCGUCCCGCCCUGCAACAGCGAGCUGCAAUGGGCCAUGCGGACGUUUUGUUGCCGCACCUUCGGUCUCGCGACAUAGAGUACUACAGAGAGUGAGUACCCAUCAUGAACUAAUGAGAGUUCACUUAGUGUUUUAGUGAUGUGUGCAACUGUAAAUAAUAAGUUGUACGUGUUUUUCAUGGUGUCUGGCACAUGUGUUUAUUCUGCAGCUAUUUGAGGAUGUCCCCGAGCUGCUUCGACACUCUGUUGGAAAUGCUCGGGCCAAGGAUCAAGAAGAGUGAUACGAACUACCGAAAGGCAAUCCCUGCAGAACACCGGCUAGCUCUAGCAGUCAGGCAAGGGUGGUUCAUAUCAGACGCAUUUUGCGCGUUUAAGUGCUUGUAUUUUUACGUCAUGCAUAGAAAUGAUUGUUUUAUCGUCAUCGUGCAAAGCGACUUAACAGGGCUGUUGCCGAGCAGUUUUUAAUUUAGCGAUGUCUGUUGCCUCAGGUUCUUGGCGGCAGGGGAGACGCUACGCUCGUCGUCGUUUAAUUUUCUGUCGGGCAGAUCGACGGCCUGUGUCAUCGUCUCUGAAGUAUGCCAGGCGAUUUGGGACAUACUUGGACCCAUAUACGUGGCACUUCCGUCAACUCAGAAUGAAUGGUCAAAGGUUGCGAGAGACUUCGAAGAGAAGUGGGAUAUGCCACACUGCCUGGGUGCCAUAGACGGUAAACAUGUGAACGUGGAGUGCCCAGCAAACUCGGGAAGCCGAGACAGGAACUACAAGGGUUCAUUCAGUAAAUCAGUGAUGGCAAUUAGUGAUGCAAACUACAGCUUCCUGUAUGUUGAGGUUGGCCACAACGGAAGCGAGUCAGAUGGUGGCAUAUUCAGUAGAAGCAAACUGCAACCCAUGGUGGUUGAUGGCACUCUUGGAGUUCCGCCAGACACAAGCCUUGGAACAAUUGGCAACGUCCCGUAUUUUUUUGUUGGUGACGAGGCAUUUCCUCUAAAGACAUACAUGAUGCGGCCAUAUUCUAAGAAAAGUCUUCAUUCUAUUCUCACUGGGAGCACCACAGCUUCCACAGCCCAAUCCUCCACUACACAAAGCAGUGCAACCAGCCAAUUUGAGGAGCUGCACCAAAAGAGGAUAUUUAAUUAUAGGUUGAGCAGGGCUCGUAGAGUAGUCGAAAAUGCUUUCGGUAUACUCGCUCAGAAAUGGCGAAUUCUUCGUCGCCCCUUUAAAGCUAAAGAAGAAAACAUCAAAAAAAUUGUGUCUGCCUGUGUGGCUUUGCAUAACUUCCUUCUGAAGGAGUCGCCUGCUUCGCGAACUAUGUACUGUCCUCCAGGCACCACAGACAGUGAAGACUGGCAAGGCAACCGAACAGAUGGGAGCUGGAGAAGCGAUGGUGUAGUCAACGGUGCACUGGCUACAUUACCCGGCACAGGUUGCAACUCGGCAAGGCUUGCUUAUGCCAUUCGCGAUAAGCUGUGCAGACAUUUCAUAACAGAGGACAGGCUGCCAUGGCAGGUGAAGCAUGUGAAAGACUGCAGAUGGUAACCAGACAAAACUGUCAGUCGUUGCAGCUCGACGACCACUUCUCUCGGAUGAGCUGCUGCCACACUUCUCCAGGUCCACUGCAUCAUCUUCAAAGAUGUCGUUCCACAAAAACUCGUCUUCGACGUUGUCUUUGCUUGU